AUGGAGGGGAUAGGGGAGGAAGACGAGCAGUACAGGAACAGGAAAGCGGAGAAGACGACACCACGCCAAGCUGAGGCCGAAGCCCUUCCGUUCGUCCCCGUCUUCAGAUACCUUUCUGUUCUAUUUGUACUCAUCUCAUGUAGUAUUUUGCUGGCAGGCCCGGGCCCAAGAGGCGCCCCUCUGUACGGCCCAGCUACAGAGAGUGAGGCCGCUGACAUUCCAUCUUCCUUAAAUUUCGGGUUGCCCUCAAGCCGACUCAAUGUGGAAACCACCGGGAUCCCAUGGUACUUGAUGCUUCAUGACUUCGCCAAGGUGGCGGUGGGUGCCGUAGUUGAGGCGGAACUUAGCGAGGUUGAGGUAGCAAACGACGCCGACUUGCUCAGGGAAGUAGUCGUCGCUGAUGUUCACUUGGUCACAGAAAGCAUCGAGAGCAUCUCCAGCCGUUGUGCCUCCCCACGAGCGAUUUUUGCACUGGAUGAAUGUUCGCCGGCACUAAUUUUGGUCUUGGGCGGAAAAGUUUCCCAGCAGUUGGAGCCCCCAGGCGCGCCCCGUCGCUCGCCCCCCUGGCCGCCUCACUGGCUCGUCGUGCUGGCCGCUGCAGCGCUCGUCGCGCCGGCCGCCGCAUCCCCGGCCAUGCUGCUGCUGGACGAGCCCACGUCUGGGCUCGACUCCGGCUCCGCACUGCACAUUGUCAAGAUGCUCAGGGACAUGGCCACCGCGCAUGGCAAGACCAUCGUGCUCACCAUCCACCAGCCCGGCUUCCGCACCCUCGAGCUGCUCGACCGCGUCGUCCUCCUUGCCGACGGCGCCGUCCGGCACCACGGCUCCCUGCCGUUCCUCGAGGCCCGCCUCGCCGGCUCCGGCCACUCCAUCCCCGCCCACGUCAACGUCCUCGAGUAUGCCAUGGAGACCAUCGACACCCUCAAGCCGGACGUCGUCAUCGCCACCGCGCUCACAUACCAAGAUGUUGCCGCGGCGGAGGAGGUUUGCAUCCUGUCGGGGUGCUUCGUGAAGACGGUGCUGCGGACGCCGCAGCUGUUCGCAGCGCUAGCUCGCUCGCCUGCCCUGCUGUUGUGCCCGUGGCCGCCAGCCGCGCGCGCUCGAGCCGACUUGCCGCCGCCAGCCGUGUCGUGCCUGUGUGAGGCUCAGGGUUGCGCCCGCCAGUGCCUGGCUCCGGGCCGGGGCCGCUAGGGGCUGGCCGUGGUCGCCAUGCUCGGGGCCGGGGCCACCCGUGGCCGGCGCGCCCGGGGCCGGGGCCGCCCGUGGAGGAGAGAGCUGCUCCGGUGACGGGCUCGGUAGGGCACGGAGGCCUGCGAGGGCUGGCUACUGGCGACCGGGCCGGCGGCGUGAAUCUGCUCCGGGAGGCGUGGCGUGGGGCCGGCGGCGUGAAGCUGCUCCGGGGAGGCGCGACGUGGGGCCCGCGACGGGCGCCGGGCCGGCCGCUUGCGGCU